UAGAGAGGUUUGAUCUGUCCUGUCUAUUGCCUGUCUGUAAUCAUGAUUAUCCUGAAGUACAUCUUCAUUUUGAUGGUGGUCGUCUCCAGCGUGUAUUCUUUUGCUAUAUAUGUGAUAAAUGAAUCAAGAAGAAUUUGGGUGCCUCCCGAAGUAAAAACAAGAUACAAUCAGGGAUAUUAUCGCAAUGAAACUAGAACAUAUACGGAGCCUGGAUACUGGAAAGAUAGCAAAACGGAAUGCACUCUUAUUGUGGAAAAAGAUAACAAAACUGUACCAGACGGGUAUAUUGCGCAGAGCACAAUGAGUUGUGGACUGUAUGGCUGUGAAACUGUUGGGCCUAAAGCAUUUGGUAUAUUUUACUAUUGCCAACAGCCAGCUUUUUUUGCGGAAUGUGAAACUACUGGAGUGGACACGACCAUAGAUUUUCCUCAAUGUUGCUGGGUAUGCGUCAAAGAGAAGGAAUGUGAUAAGGUCGAAAAUUAACUCUAAGGGCGAAAUAAAAUAUGCAUUUUAAUUGUAACGUA